AUGGAAACUACUAGUAGCACAAUGGGCUGCACGUACAUGAAGAGAUAUUUGAAGGACAGAUCGCCGGUUUCAGAAAAAAAGUUCACGGGCGGCCUUGGUGCAAUUCUCAUUUCAAACUCCGCAUAUGCAGUGACGCCCGUCAACCCCGUUAACGCCCGUCACUCAACGGAAACAGACGGCCUUUCCCCACGGUACGGUGACGGUGCCCGUCUGACGGACCCAUCUAUCCGUCUAAGACGGACACGUGGGGGAUUUAAGUCACUCAAGUCACACCCACAACAGGAUCUUCAGCUGCCAAGUGCGUUGGUCUAUGAGCCUGUGGUGCGAACGGUGGAUCGACAUGACACGGCUAACCAUCUGGCUAUCUACAUGCUGCGUCAAUGGAGACAUUCAAUUCCGAAAGGUUUUUUUCGGCCACCUGUUGGAUAUCUAGUGGCGCCGGUUUGUUCCAUGCCUGUCGACAUCUUUUACGAGGCCAAUCGGGCUUUCAAAGCACUUCUCACAAGUUCUCAGCCAUCCAAAUUCAAGCCUUGUAUGGGCCCUUCCGAAAUGCCCAACGAAGAUGUCUGGGUUGGAGUGGGCUGUUGGAAGGCUUGCUUGUCAGGCAACCCUGUGCACGCACUACGAACUCAUGACAAGGUGGUAAACCAGAUGAAGACGGUGACUCCAGAACGACGCUGGCCCAGGCUGAGCGCGUGUUCAAGUUCUGGGUCAGAUUCCGCAAUCGAGCUCAUGGAGGAACCAAAACCACCUGUUUCGCUCACUCAACAUGCCAACGCCUCUCCCCUCGAUGUGCGAGGAUCUUUGAUGAGUACAAUCAAAGGUCAACCUGUAUAUCCAUGGCCUCUUGUCCACUACCCAGCUCUCUUCAAUGGCAAGUACACGCGUUGCACAGUGCACUACUACGUCGCUUCUCUUUUCUAUGAUUCAUGA